CACCUGCAAUGUUCAUUGCUUCCAGGCGCGGUGAUCGGCAUGUGCUAGCCUAAAAGGGAACGUGCCUGGCGAAGUUUUCCUGAGGAAGGUCAUCCCCCAGCUGAGUCACAUCUACCUCCCUAAGAAAUCCCCAGUUGGGCAUCCAGAGCGCCUACCCUGUUCUUUCUGCAUCUUGAAUCGGGCGUUAACAGGACACUCUAAGGUCUGAAGGGGAAAUAAAAGACGUCUGAACCUGGCCAUGUCUUCCAAGUACGUAAGAAUGCUUUUAGAUAAAAGGAGAGAAUUAUCCAAAUAACUAAGUUUGAUAGGUUUCCACAGUACUCUUUAUGCUGCAUUGGAGACAUAGAUACAGAGAUACUCUACUGUGUUCUUGCGACGGCGGAGGUGCUUGGCUGCUGACAGUAAAGGAGGAGGAAGGCACCGGAGAGAAGGUGUCCGUCUUUGUUGUAGUUCGUCGGAGGCACCGGCUGCCGGCUCCCGGAGAUCACUGGAGAAGUUUCAGUUCAUGAUACUGCAUGCUGCAGAGAGUAGCUUAAGGUAGAAAGGAUUCCCUGUGACUUCUGCCUACCGUCCAUAAAAUACUCAUUCCUCUUCCAACUCUGCCUGCAGUCGAACACAAAGACCCGGAGGAGACUCCCACGUCGUUCGGGGAGAAGAAAGGAGGCGGCCGGGCGCAUCAGAGGAACUCGUGGCUCGUGGCCUUCCGGAGAGGGGGGCGAGCGGAUCGGAGGCGGGGGGCGGUCGGCGAGCCGUGAGAUGAGGCGCCGCCGCCGCUGCUGCUGCUGCUGCUGCUGACGACUCCCAGACCCCAGGCUCCGUGCGCCGCCCUGCGUGCUUCAUGUACAUGUGUCUGCCCCGCGCACCCGGAGGCGCCCAGACGAGAAUCCAACACGGCUGCCGGGGAGAGGCCACCCACCAUGCCCACGGAGACGCUCCAGACAGGUAGCAUGGUGAAGCCGGUCAGCCCCGCGGGCACCUUCACCUCGGCCGUGCCCCUGCGCAUCCUCAACAAAGGCCCCGACUACUUCCGCAGGCAGGCCGAGCCCAACCCCAAGAGACUCAGCGCCGUGGAGAGGCUGGAGGCCGACAAGGCCAAGUACGUCAAGAGCCAGGAGGUCAUCAACGCCAAGCAGGAGCCGGUGAAGCCGGCCGUGCUGGCCAAGCCGCCCGUGUGCCCCGCCGCCAAGCGCGCCCUGGGCAGCCCGACGCUCCGCGUGUUCGGCGGCCACGCCAAGACCGAGAGCGGCGUGCAGAGGGAGACCCUGAAGCUCGAGAUCCUGAAGAACAUCAUCAACAGCUCGGAGGGCUCCAGCUCGGGCUCGGGGCACAAGCACAGCGCCCGGAACUGGCCGCCCCACCGGCCGGACUCCGCCGACCUGCAGCGGCACUCGUUCGCCGAGUCCCUGAAGGUGUACCCCACGCAGGGCCGCGGCAGCCCGCAGGAGGGCGGCUCCCACGGGGGCCGGCGGCUGCUGGAGCCCGCGGCCGAGUCCUUCCUCCACGUCUCGCACAGCUCCUCGGACAUCCGCAGGGUGACCAGCGCGAAGCCCUUGAAAGCGAUCCCCUGCAGCAGCUCCGCGCCCCCCCUGCCUCCCAAGCCUAAGGUCGCGGCCGCGGCCACCGCGAAGUCCCCCGAGGCCGACGCGGUGGAACCGGCCUGCGGCGUCAGCCGGAGGCCCUCGCUCCAGCGGUCCAAGUCGGACUUGAGCGACCGGUAUUUCCGGGUGGACGCGGACGUGGAGAGGUUCUUCAACUACUGCGGACUGGACCCCGAGGAGCUGGAGAACCUCGGCAUGGAAAACUUUGCCCGGGCCAACUCCGACAUCAUAUCCCUCAACUUCCGCAGCGCAAGCAUGAUCAGCUCAGACUGCGAACAGUCUCAGGACAGUAACAGUGACCUUAGGAAUGACGACAGUGCCAAUGACCGGGUGCCAUACGGCAUCUCUGCCAUCGAAAGAAACGCGAGGAUCAUCAAGUGGUUGUAUAGCAUCAAACAAGCCAGAGAGUCACAGAAGGUCUCCCACGUGUGAGACAGAAAGGCCGUGCGAAGGAGGGAGGGGUGGGUCUCUGUCUGUGCAUCCGCAGUCGUGAAGGGUGUGAGGUCUCCUUGAAGUGUUGUGAGCUUCUCCACUCUCUUUGUGUUGCUUGUUGUGCAAUGUUUCCAAGUUGCAUGCCUGUCAACAUGGGGACCGACCCGGCUUCCACGUCCACCAUCGCUGCAGAGCCCGGCUGAACGCACGUCACCUGCCAAGAGUUUGCGGCCAGAAUCCAGAACCCAACUAGGGCUUCGAUCUUUUGAGCAAAACUGUUUACACGAAAAACGGUAGACAACUUCUUCGAUAUUUAUGUGGUUCUUGUGUUUUUCUAUCCCGCGCUAUUGUGUCUUAAUUAAAAAUCUUAUCCACUGGCUUUUAAGUUGAGAGGAGAACCGUUUCGAAGUAAAAAGCCAAUUUGCCUACACGCGAGACCCAAACAGUGGGGAAGGAAAUGGGAUCUGCUACCAAACGGAUAACAGUGACUGACCUGAGUGAGAGAACCAGGCUGGGUUUUCUGAGGAAGAAAAGCGGUGAGCCUGAUGUUAAGCGUUCGCGUAUUGGAAUUCUCCUGCCACUCGUUAAAGUAAUGGGGCAACCGUGCUACGUUCUGUGUCCGACUCCGUGUGUAAAAUGUUGGUGCUUCUGUGUAAUACUGACCCCGAGGAAAGACAAUCAGAUACGAGGGCGAUUAAAUCUAGGAGCCCGGGGGUUGGGGGUUUUGUUGAUGUUCUGAUUUGGGUUGAUUCCAAAAUGCCUACUAUUAAUCUUUUGACGGGAAUGGCCAUCCUAAAGCUGAUACUCAAUGUCUUAAAAAACAAAACAAAACAAAAUGGUUUUUGAUCAAGAACUGAUUCUAUGCUGAUUCUCUUCCCUCUCUCCUCCCCUUCCUGCGUUGUUGAUUUAUUUGGGAGAGGGGGGUGGGGCUUGUGCAGGUUUGAGUUCUCUGAAGACAUAAACACAAAUGGAAAUACCAGCCAUAUCAGUAUAGAGCCUCCCAUGCAGAAGUGAAUACCUUCCGUAGCUGAACCAUAUCCGAGCAGUGCGAUUGUGUUGUCUUGCCUAUGUUAUUCUCUCAGGCUGUGGACCUUUGUUACAGCUCUAGGAAACUGUAGAGACAUGAUGCCAUGUAGCUUCGCGCCCCCCCCCCCCCGCCUUUGGUCUCUAGUGCUGCCUAUCAGCUUGUUCCCCGUUUUCCCCAGUAACCUGUCCCGCAGGUGGUUAGUUAGCUGUGGACCAGCUGAUAGUCGCGGUGCGGUCGCAGAGAGGUAAACGUGUGGCAGUCUGCUUCAUUGCUCUGUACUCAUGCCCCGAAGUUCUCAGCAGCACUACCUUAGACUUCAUCGGCUAAUGGGAAACUUUUUAUGGUGUAAAUGCUGUAAGACUUUGUACAUACUUCAGUUGUUAUGAAAUCUUUAAGAAACAACAAAAAAAAAGUUACGCUAAUAAAUAGCUCUGGUGCAGGCACUAA